AUGGUCGUUCAUAAUCCUAAUAACUGGCAUUGGGUGGAUAAGAAUUGUUUCAGCUGGGCUCGUGAACAUUUCAAUCAGAAAUUAAUUGGAUUGAAUACAGGUGAUAACAGGGAUAAAUACGCAGAGGUUUCUUCUAUCUCUUCCAUAGAGGGGGACUGCGAAGUCAGUCAAAGAAAGGGUAAAGUUAUUUCUUUAUUUGACUUGCAACUUGUGCUUUUGAUUAAGGGUAAUGUUGAAGAGGAGAAAUUUGAAGGAAGCGUAAGUAUACCAGAAAUUGCAUUCGAUAGUGAAGAAGCAGACUAUCAAUUUGAUAUCUCGAUUUACAAAGAAACGUCGAAGUUGAAUGAGAUUAAACCCGUAAUAAGAGAAAAAUUGGUUCCACAACUUAGAAAGAUUUUCCAUAAUUUUAGCAAAGAACUAUUAGAUACUCAUGGUAGUGCCAUUCAGCUCCCAGAAGAUCAAGUAAACUCUACUUUCACCAAGGCUAAUCAAAAACCCAGUUCUAGUACCACAUCUACGAACGCCACUACCAAGCAGAAUGAAGUAAAAUCAAAUGUUACUUCAUCCAAGCCCAAAAACGCCAAAAGUGUCAAAUCUCCGCAACCUUCCAUCGCAACUAGUGGGGGGAAUACUACCUCGAUUCAUUUAGAGCCAACGUUCAAUGUACCUGCCGAAGAACUCUAUCGUACAUUCAUUGCCAAGGAUCGUAUUUUAGCAUGGAGUAAAUCGGGUAUAAAUUGCAUAAAAGGGAAUGGCCCAGAGAUUUCAGUCGGUGAUAUGUUCGAACUAUUUGGUGGAAAUGUUACCAGUGAGCUUGUUGAGUCAGUUUUAAACAAAAAACUAGUAUUCAAAUGGAGAUUGAAAGAUUGGCGUGAUAAAGUUUUUUCCAACUUAUCUAUGGAAUUUCAUGAAUCAAAAGAGUACCAUGAAACAAAAUUACAAGUUACAUGGACUGGCAUACCAGUCGGCGAAGAGGACCGCGUUCGCGGAAAUUUUGAAGAUUACUAUGUAAGAUCAAUCAAGAUCACAUUUGGGUUUGGUGCAGUUUUAUAA